UAGCGUCUCGUACUUCGUUCCCACGACAUGCAUGCGGUUAAAUGAGAGCUAACAAAUUAAGACUGCUUGUUUACUGAUAAAAACUACUGCAUCAAAAACGCUCUAAGCUGCUUUAUACAGCAAGCUAAAAAGUUUGCACUGUGCUCUGAUAAUUGGUACUACUACUAAUUCAUUCUCGUAAAACGUCGCACACAAUACUUAGCAGACUAAAGGACUAAAGGAUGGUAUGCCAACACAUGGGCUGGUUGAUUGUCGCAGCGGCAACUCUAAGUGCGUUUCUCGGUACGCUAGUCACCGCGGAAACUUGCGAAGAACUCAGGGCACAAUGUGACGAGCUUCGUCGCGAUGACGAUGGCUACCACAGUCGCAUGCUGCCCCCUACUGCCAACCACAGCCUGUGGCCAGUGACCGCUGCGGAUCUGGAGCAAUAUCGACCGUUUGGCGAUGCCUAUUGCCGACGGGGCGUUGACUUGGGAAACUGCAUGAAAAAGCUGUAUUCCCAUUGUCCCGAGGUAUAUAACGACGAUAAAACUAUCUAUGAUGGUUGGUAUACACCGGAAUGGCACAUUGCCAUGGGCUUGCUGUGCAAUACCACCAUCGGACCGGUGAAAUUAAUCCGCGCUGCAAUGCACUGUGCUCAACAAGAUCGGCAAAAGUUCAUCGCCUGUUGCUAUCUAGAUUCGUCUUCCUCGCAUGAACAGAACGGAAAUUCGUCCGCUGCCCGUCAGAAUAUUUGCGAGAGAUUGAAAGUAAUCGUGGAACGCAGCAGCGGCACGGAGGGUACCGAAUUGGGCAGCAAAUGUGGUCAAGAUACUAUGGAGACGAUUAACGAGGGAAUCCGGCAGUUACAUGCCGUUUACUGUUCCAAGCCAUAAACGGCUAUUCGGAAACCAUACAUCUGCGCUUAUGGCCCAAAGUUCCAGGCCUGUCAGAAUGGUUGCGAUCACAAAAAGCAACCGUGCGCCCUGGUCCUGUUAAAGCACGAACGCAUGCUGCCAGCAACGCCAAAAACUUCAAAGGCUGCUGGGAGCGCGCCUCACCAUCAGUUCUGAAGUGCUUGUAUUUUAUCUGCUUUUUUCAUUUCGCUUCGAACCACGGUUCUAACGUUUUUUUCACAUUUUAAAAUGAAUUUCGAAAAUUCUAAAUCAUUUUAAAUUCAUUCUAAAUCAUUUUAAAUCAUUUAAAUUCUAAAUCAUUUUAAAAUUUGAAAAAAAUUAUGGAACUCUGGUCAGUGUAGGAACGACCUUCAUAGAAUUAUAGUAAUGUGCAUUU